AUGCAGCAAUCGGAUCAUGAAAUUAGGAUUCUCCCACAGGCUGCAGCUACUUCAUGCAAGGCAGAGGAAGGAAUUUCUCAUUACACUACUGGAAACAAAAUCCGUUUACAUGCUGCAUUGGCGCGCAACACUAUCAUCACUUUCGUCUUCCACCCCUGGAAUAACAAUUUCCCCAAGUCAAUCCACUGCAGCGGCUUGCUGCACACUGACGUGGUGAAAGACUCGUCAUGCGGAUCUUGCGUGGUUCAGGAGUCAAGGAUAAGGAAAGGCAGGGAUCGGGAGGACGAAAAGAACGGUGAAAGUCACGGCCUCCAGGACACUGGCGAUCGGCUGAUCAUUGUGGCUUACCUCAAGUAUACGCUGGAGCAGUCUUCUUCGCCAUUGCUGAGUAGAUUCGUGAGCUAUUUUGACAUUGACAGGUGCGUCGCCAGGUCUGAGUCGUAUAUUCUUUUACGAUCACGCCAUGCGACGAGAGCCUCGCACAGCUGGUACACAUAUGCUUCAGGUGCACUGGUGCAGAAACCCAACAUGUAUGAUGAAGCCUGCAUUUACUACACGGUGUUCUCGCAGCACCUUGGUCAUGGUACAAGAUAG